AUGGAUCUUAAAGGCACCAUAUCUUCACAACUCGGAAAUCUUUCAUUUCUAGUUGAACUUGAUCUCAGUAGCAACAAUUUUUAUGGUCAAAUACCACGAGAGUUAGUUCAAUUGAGUCGAUUGAAACUAUUGAACUUGGGCUACAAUGGCUUUCAUGGACAAGUUCCAGCAUGGAUAGGAGAUCUAUCUACACUCGAGCACUUAAAUCUUCAAAAUAACAGCUUUGAUGGAUUUAUUCCACUAUCUCUAUUCAAUCUAUCAAGGUUGGAGACAUUAGAUUUGAAUUCUAACUUAAUUGAAGGAAGUACUCCUAUUGAGGUAGGAAGACUUGAACACUUGAAAAUGUUACGACUUUCAAGAAACAAACUUUCAGGAAGCAUUCCUCAAAUGAUUUCCAACUUAUCUUCAAUUGAGUUAUUACGUUUGUCUUAUAACACUUUGUCAGAUUUUAUCUUCUUGGGUUGGAAAAAACAGAGCAUUUUGCGUUCUCCUUCUUCUUCACCGACAUCUUGCUCCUCUUCUCUCCUCACCGUCGAAUUCCUCCCUCACUGUCGGACUGCUCUCGUUACUGUCACUCUUCUCCUCUGUUUGCGGAACCUCGCUGUGGUUCCUGUUGCAGCUUCACGAUCCUCUGUUUCUUUCUUUCCUCGGUGCUGGUGUGGUGUGCGUGGGUAA